UGAAGUGAUAACAUUUAGUGAAAGUCAAUCAUACAAACUUUGCCACCCAGUGAUCAUCAACUAGUGUGACCAACACAGAGACAUUUAAUUUCAAAUUCAAUUAAUUACGAUAAGAUCUUAAUGUACACGUUGAAAAAACAAGAUCACCUCUGUCUGCCCACAUAAUUAAGCCAAUUUAUGACUCGACUUGUCCCUGCGAGUCUGACCUUGUUGGCUGCAGGAUGUUUUAUUAUCGGAUCUGUAGCUGUCGCAGUUCCGUACUGGGGACAUUUUCGCAACCGUGUGGUACUCGAAUCCGGACACUUGGGCCCUUGGGAAAUUUGUAAACAUGUUGACUACGGGAGGAAGAUGUGUGGCCGGAAAUUCGUCAUGUACAAGCCAACAUUUGUUGUACUCGCGACCGGAAUAUGUGCUGCGGUUGGUGCCUUUUGUAUUGGAAUAUUUGGCCUGUUGUCUGCAUUUUAUGUCAGUUUGACCUUUCGUCCAACCUCUCUAAACACAUUAAAGUCUAGAACCUAUACUCUUAUUGCAAUGAUUAUUCUGUCCUGUGGCGCAGCUCUUACCUCGGUGACUUCCGUGGGACUUUUUACCACUGAGCAAGGCGACCACCCAGACCGCGGAUAUGUAGUGGAAGUUGGCGUCUGUUUCUAUCUCGAGGUUAUUGCUGCCUUAUUCUGCGUAAUAUUAAUGCUCUUAACAAUCGGUGAAUUCACAUUCACAAAGCGAGAACAAGAACGAUUUGGGAGGUUGGAGCAGUCCAGAAAUGGGAAAGGGGGCGAAUUAGAUUUAAACGAGGACGGUAUGACCGACUCCAAUUCCAAAUACGGACGACAUAAAACACGAGAUGGAGAGCAUGACACUCUAAUAUCCAAUUCAAAACCAAGUCCAAAUUCCACGACUGGAAAAGACAAAGAUAAUUUAAUUCUACACCCAACUUGGAAAGAUAAACGUAAUGGAAAAGCCUCAGACGCUUCUGAUCCACUUAAUCCGAACUCAAAAUUGAAGAAACUUCCCAAGGAUUCGCCCAGAUCCCGCAGAAAAUCCGGAGGGUUAGGCAUGGUUCCUUCUGUUUUCGCAAGAAGAUCUCCGUCACCAUCCCCCGCCUCGUCCAGAAGGGGCAGCAAAUGCAACAGAUAUCCGGAACCACUGCACUUUGCUUGUGUUGGCGACGAUGAUGAUGAUCACGACGACGACAAUGACGAUUUACAAAGAGGAAGACCACGUCACUGGCGGAGGUCUCCGUCACCUUCACCGUCGUCGUCGAGGCGAGGGAGCAAAUGCAACAAGGCCCCAGAACCCUUACACUUUGCUUGUUACGGAUUGGAACAGGAAAUUGAAACCUUUGAUAAGCCAGGAUACUAAAAUGGUCACGCAGAUAAGGUUUUUUCUAUGCAAAUAAAAAUCAGAUAGGGACAUAGUAUUGUUAGACAAGUAUGGCCAAUUAAUUUUUGGCUGCUGAAUGUUGACCUACUGGUUGGAUUAUGCAAAUGUUGCCAAUUAUUUUGUCGUAAAAAAUUUCAUUCAAACGGGUUUAAUGAGAAAAGUCCUCUUAGAUACUUGGGACUGGAUUCAGGAUCGACAGUGUGUGACAAGGCUUAUUAUUAUUAUUGUUAUUUUUUAUAAACCAUAGACAUAAAUAUGUAAAUUACACACAGUAUUAAGAACUAGAGACAACUACAUAUGUAGGGUCGUCGUAAAUGCAUUGUUAUAUAUGUAUAUUCCUGUUUUUACGUUUACUACGAGGAUUAAUUAUUGGUAGAUACCUGAGUACAUAAGUACAUGUAAAAUAGAUCAUUCUUGCAUUUUGUGCCAUCAAGCCAGCUCUCUAUGUAUUAAAGAGGCUUUUGGGUUUCACAUUAAAAUCAUCGUUACACAAUCUA